AUGAAUGCCUGUGCUCCGUGGAAGGACAAUGUCGACGAUUUCGCUGCCGUCUACGAACCUUUGUCAAAGGACGGUGCUUUCAUUCCGUUCCGGCCGCGAGCUCCAGAGGACAUGCAGGAACCGCUGACCCCGGAGAGGUCGCUGGUGCGAUACGUGCCAGUUGCACCUCCUCGGGUCCGUCGGCUCGUCUCCGCGGUCAGGAGUAGAGAAGCUUUGAAACAGCGAGAAAUGGAUCGUCAAGUUCUCCCUUUUGCAGAUGCAAAGAACGUGGAGGACGAAUACCAUGAGAAGUGCCUGGAUGACGCAGGUCCAGGCUAUGCCGUGGAAAUCAAGCAAGACGUCGACACAGAGGCAGAAGAUUCCGAGGUGAGCACUGCGGAAGUCUUCAACGAUGCUCGGCCGACAUUUAGGGACUACAGCCGCCAGGCGCCUGACGGCUGUGUCCACUUGAUAGUUCCUUCCAAAGGACCCUUGUAUUCUCACGAUGAGCCGCCAGACUUUUUGCAACUUCCUGAGCCCAUCAAGCAGCGGACAGCUGGAGCUGCCCGUGUUGCAGCUGCUGCGAGGGCGUGGGCGGCGGCAUCUGCCCAUUCGCAUCCCCAUGGGCGGCAGGAGCAGUUGCCAGCGACCGCUCGGGGCGUUCCCUCACCACAGCACGCAGCUAUCGCCGAAGAGCUCAACUUCCGAGGUCCAGGUCCUGUGCCUCAGUUCGGGACUUCGGCGCGACCCUCCUCUCCGCAGGCAGAUCCUGGCCGACAGAGCCAGGUGGAGACUCGCCAGGCCGUAGCCGGACCAGCUGUGCUGGCGCUUCGCCGCAUGCGGAACCAAAUGUCGGCACUAGCUGAAGGGCGCCUACCUUGGCACUUCUCGCGUGAUCGGCCGAAUGAGGAGGCACAUGGAGCCGAACAUGUGCCACACCCGCCGCAGCAGCCCCCGACCGGUCAGAGAAGGCCGUUGCUGCCCAACCUGAGCCGGGUCGUUGGUUCAGCCGCAGGUACUUCGGCGGCACCUGCACAGAAUCAAGGAGCAGCAGCCGAUGGACUGCAGAUGCAGUCUUUGGUGCCGGCGCCACCCAGCCAGCCAAAGCCAACGUCCAAUUCCGCCAACAGUCGCUUCUGGAGAAGGCCUUGGCCGAGGAUGAACAUCAUGGGCACGCUCGGCUGGGGCGGGAGCGGCGGGAGCGUGAGCGGAAGUUCCAGCAACGGCGCCUCAUCCUCGCAAGCUCCUGCUUCGUCGGGAGCAGCUUCCAGUUCUGCAGGUCCCACCCUGCAGGCGGGAGAGCAAAGCAGGCCGGGGACGCAAGCCACGAACAGUGUUCCGCCGGGGGGGCAGCGCCACCACGCGGUGCAGGACCCGACGCCCUCCAGCGGCAGCUCGGCCAUGGCCAGUCCUCCCUGA